GGGGGAGCCCCCGCCGGAGCCCCCGCGCCCGGCGAUGCGGAGCGGGGCAUGGCGGCCCCGCCGCUCUGCCUGCGCCUGCUGGCCGCCGCCUUCUACGGCCUCAGCUCCUUCCUCAUCGUCGUCGUCAACAAGAGCGUCCUCACCUCCUACGGGUUCCCGUCCUCGCUGUGCGUGGGGCUGGGCCAGAUGGUGGCCACGGUGGCCGUGCUCUGGGCCGGGAAGGCGCUGCGGGUGGUCAAGUUCCCUGACCUGGACAGACACAUCCCCCGGCGGACAUUUCCUCUACCUCUCCUGUACUUCGGGAACCAGAUCACAGGACUGUUCAGCACGCAGAAGCUGAACCUGCCCAUGUUCACGGUGCUGCGGAGGUUCUCCAUCCUGUUCACCAUGUUUGCCGAGGGAUUCCUGCUCAAGAAGAAGUUUUCCUGGAGCAUUCAGAUGACAGUGUUUGCCAUGAUCUUUGGUGCAUUUGUGGCUGCCAGUGCUGACUUGGCAUUCGACCUGGAGGGAUACAUUUUUAUCCUCAUCAACGACGCCUUAACAGCUGCAAACGGUGCCUACGUGAAACAGAAGCUGGAUUCCAAGGAGCUGGGCAAGUACGGCCUGCUCUACUACAAUGCACUCUUCAUGAUCCUGCCCACCCUGGCCAUUGCCUACAUCACUGGAGAUGCACAGAAGGCAGUGGAGUACCAGGGCUGGGCUGACACCUUCUUCCUCGUGCAGUUCACGCUCUCCUGUGUGAUGGGGUUUAUUCUGAUGUAUUCCACGGUUCUUUGCACUCAGUACAACUCUGCUCUUACAACUACAAUAGUUGGCUGCAUUAAGAAUAUUUUAAUAACCUAUAUUGGGAUGUUUUUUGGAGGAGAUUAUAUUUUUACAUGGAUGAACUUCAUUGGUCUAAAUAUCAGUAUUGCCGGGAGCCUGGUGUACUCGUACAUCACCUUCACGGAGGAGCAGCUGAGCAAGGAGCCGGAGGCCGGCGCCAGGCUGGACCUGCGGGGCAAGAGCUCGGUGUGAGCGGGGCCGAGCCCAGCGCUGCUCCUGCCGGCCUGAUGCGGGCAGGGGGCCCGCGGUGCUCGUGAUUAGCACGGCUGAGAUUGCUGCCUUCCUUCGCAAAUCCUCGGCGACGCCCGCCCGGCCUGCGCGGGCAACGAGGAGCCUAAUUGAGCCUGAUUAACGGGAGGAAUUAACGGGUUUCUAAUCAAGGCGGGGCUGGCAGUGGAGAUGGGCACGGGCAGGGCUGGCAGCUCUGCCCUGGGGUGUGCCAGGGUGUCCCUGGCUGGAUCUGCUCCCUGGGAUGCUGGAUCUGCUCCCUGGGGUCCUGGAUCUGCUCCCUGGGAUCUGGAUCUGCUCCCUGGGAUCUGGAUCUGCUCCCUGGGAUGCUGGAUCUGCUCCUUGGGAUCGUGGAUCUGCUCCCUGGGAUGCUGGAUCUGCUCCCUGGGAUCUGGAUCUGCUCCCGGGGGUCCUGGGUCUGCUCCCGGGGGUCCUGGAUCUGCUCCCUGGGGUCCUGGAUCUGCUCCCUGGGAUCUGGAUCUGCUCCCUGGGAUCUGGAUCUGCUCCUUGGGGUCCUGGAUCUGCUCCCUGGGAUCUGGAUCUGCUCCCUGGGAUCUGGAUCUGCUCCCUGGGAUCUGGAUCUGCUCCUUGGGGUCCUGGAUCUGCUCUCUGGGGUCCUGGAUCUGCUCCCUGGGAUCUGGAUCUGCUCCCUGGGGUCCUGGAUCUGCUCCCUGGGAUCUGGAUCUGCUGAUCCCAGCGGGCUGGGAGCUGGGGCUGGCUCUGUGCCCAGCCUGCUCCCUCUGGAACAGGGCAGUGCCCUGGGAGCUGCUCCUGGGCUGGGCCAAGACCUCCGGGGUGAAUGUUCACUGCUCUCUGGACUGAAUUUAAGCUGUUUUCAGUUGGUUUUCUGUUUGUUUGGCCCAUUAACCCACUUUCCAAGCUGGGUUUUCCCUCCUGGCUCUGUCAGAGCCCUGCAUCCCCCUCAGUCCCUCUGAGGUUGGUGACAUUCCCAGCAGGAAGGGUUUUCCUGCCCUGCUGAGCUCUGCAGCCUCCCUUGGAUCCAGCCCGGCUUUGGGAAAGCUGCUGCCUUGCUGGGAGGAGCUGCUGGGGCCACGGGAGAGCCAAGGUGGCACAACUGGCACAGCACAUCAGGGAAUCGCAGGGGCUGCAGCUCCCACCCCUGGAAGAGGCACAAGGACUUAAAUCUUCUUUUUUUGGCAAGUACAGGGGGCCCCAUAAUUCCUGUUUUCUAUGGAAUGAAUCACUCUGAGUUUGUGACCCACUAAAAGAGUGGAACUGUAGAACAUUGGGCAGUAGUGUUCAGUGAGUUUUAAAGGUUGUCUUACCCAGCACCUCUUUCCAGGUUGUCUUUCGGUUUUAAAAGAAUUGUUUUUAAGCUUGGUUAAAAAAAUUUUAGUAAAAUAACGUAUUUAGAGAUUUUUGUACCCUAACAGCUUCCCUAGAAACUGACAGUGGGAUUUUUUAGGAGAUACUUGCUUAAGCUGAACUGCUGUUGGGCAAAGCUGAAUUUGUUGGAAUUUUCUGGAAGUGUUUGGAUGGGAAGGAGAUUUUCUGUGAGGGUGCAGCUCCAGCCUGCUGUGCUGGGGAAGGUGUGGAGCGAGUCAGCUGCUGCCUGCUCCAACAUCCCACUCCUGGAGCAAUUCCAGAGCCACAAUUCCCCUUUUUUGUGGCAUUUUGUGGUCACUGCAGGCAGUUGGGGUGUCGUGGAGCAGCCCCUCAGCACAUUCCCCCUGUGAACACAGUCAAAAGGAAAUCCCUGAUUAUUUUGUCUCCCAAAAUUCCAGUAAAACCUUGGCUUUGUACCGGGCAGGGAGGGUCACAAACCUUUCCUGGUGUGGAGAAGCCCCCCAGUCCCAGCCCAGAUGGGGUUGCUGGUCCCAGUACUGGUUCUGGUUCUGGUUUUGUACUGGUUGUUCUGUCCUGGUUCCCAGUGCCCAGGUGCUCCUGCCCUUGCUGCAGCAUUCCCAAUUCCCAAUUCCCAAAUCCCAUUUUUCUCCCCCUUGUGCUCCAGCUGCACCAUGCUGAGGUCACAGCCAGCAGGGUGAUUCUGCCAGAGGGGUUUUUAUGAUUUUCUGUUUGUUUUUGAAUCUACUGGUUAGAUUUGCAGUCCUAAGAGAGAAGGAUUUUUAAAGCUUUUUUUUUUUUUUUGUCCACGCUGGGAUCCUGCUGGAUCCUAAACACUGGGAAAGCCAAGAAUUCCUCUAACAGUAUUUUCUAUGCUAUUAAUUGACUAAAAAACAAAUGUUUUCUAUAGAGAAUCUAUUUACAAAAUGAGCAUUUUAGUGAUGAAAACCUGAAUGUAUGGCAGGCUGUGGAUGUGAGGAAUGAGAGCAGAAAGGAUUUAUGUGCCUCUGUAUUUUUGUAUUUGCUUCCAAUAAACCAAUGAACCAAA